UAAGUAUAAAAGGCGUUUGAUAAAAAUUCGAUUAAUUAUUUGCCUCCAUAAAGUUAAAUGAAAAUAUGAAGUACAUUCUAAUAUUUUUUGUGGGAAUUAUUAUUUCCGUGCAGUUUGGCGAAGCUCGCAUACAUCGGUUCAAGCGUCAAUCACCCUCGUCGUCGGGUAAUCCUAUUUUCGAUGCAGCCCCACUUUUGGAUCUCAUCAAAUUCGCUCAGGAGUCAACAUUGACCAUUUUAACAAACGCAGGAAGUUGGAUUUUCGGCUCCUCUGAAGGCAUCAUAAGUCAGCUCCAGAAUUUGCGCGAUUCUAUCUACAACACAAUAUCAUCUCAAAUUGAAGCGGCCUUGGAUAAUCUUAAAAGGCAACAAAGCGGGGCACGUAUCCCGCUCAGCAAUUUUUCACUACUAUCUGGAAAUUUGACACUUGGGGAACUUAUGGUCUGUUUGUCAAACAGUUCCUCAGGAAGCCAACUUCUUUUUGACAAUAUAACGAGCAUAAGUUCCUUUUGUUUGGCUGAUGAUUUUCAAUCGGCCCAGCUUAUAUUUCGUAAUUUACUGGGAAAUCUCUCAGAUAAUUUUACAAUUUAUAAUUUGUCGGAUGAUAUUGCAAAAUGCAAUCAUCUCCAAACAGGAUUCUUUGAUGCCAUAGGGUUCAUACGAAAGACGAACUGUUUGACUGCUAUUCCGAGACGAGCCCUGAGGGAUGCUACCAUAUUUUUCCAUAAUAUUGGCAAAGCAGUUGUUGAAAUUGCUGAUCUAACUUUGCAGAUGCAAGUUGGUCUUUCGGAAUGUAUACAGAAUGUUUCGUGGACAAUAAGUAAUUUUACAGAGGAUAUGGCGGUUCAAUUUAAUAAUUGUACUAAUGCAACCAAUAAUGAUUACUACGAUUAUUAUUAUAAUUAUUGAGAUUUUAUUGGCAAAAUAUGAUGGAAAUAAUAUAACUGAUGAUA